UCUAUCGAGCAAUCUCACGAGCAAUCAAGCUAUCAAUUCAAUCCAAUUGAGUUGUAGGAAGCGUGAUCGUCCACAAGAUGGCGGAACGACCACGAGUAUGUUCGGAUGCAAUCUCGCCGUGGGUAUCCGGACCACACACUGCGUAAGAAGACAAUAGAAAAGUCGAUAUAAACACGCUAGCACUUGAAAAUGAAAUGCCACGUCGGAGAAAUUUGCUGUCGUUUUUUUUAAACUUUGGUCGGUUUGUUUUUGUUGAGUGUUGAAGCGCAAGUUGUAGACUCGGAAUGAUAAGAGCAGAGGGUUAAAAAAGUGAGCGAAUGAAAACGUUAACUGACUUUGUUGGUGUGGGGUAUAAAUGGGCGAACCCUCUUUAAUAACCCCCCCCUCCCCCUUCGGAAAAUAAUGGACAAACGAGAGCGAGAUGAAGAAAAGCGAGAGAGAGAGAGGGAGAGAGAGAGUCUCCUCCUCUUCCUCAGCAUCUCCGCUGACAAGUGUGACAGCGUCAAACUCGCAGAGGGCAACGCCGGGGCGAGACGUGUUGUCAAGAGUUUCCCCCCCACCCCUCCCCUCCCACCGAGGCGCGCCAUGGACCGGAGGCUCAACUUGAGCGGCGACAUCUUCCACAAAACUCUGAGCGCCGUGUCGGGCAAGAAGAUGCACGACCCGUACCGGGGCGGCGCGGAGCUACCCGCCCGCGAGCGCCAAUCCUCGCCGGGUAUUGGCUGCUUCGAGCGGGGCGACUCGGACCCCAUGCAACCCGGAGGAUUGGCCGGGGUACGGGCGGCGGCUCUGAGUUUGCCCACCGGCUCGCUGUGCAUCAAGUACGGCGAGAACGCGUCGGCGGCCGCCGCGGCGGGGGCGGAGAGCAGCGGCGGCGAGCAGAGCCCGGACGACGACAGCGACGGCCGCUCGUGCAGCGACAUGCUGCUGCUGGGCGAGCGCAAAGGCAAAGCGGAGGGCGGCAAGAAGAGCAAAGAGCAGAAGAUGCUGCGGCUCAACAUCAACGCCCGCGAGCGGAGGCGCAUGCACGACUUGAACGACGCGCUGGACGAACUCCGCGGCGUCAUCCCGUACGCGCACAGCCCGUCCGUGCGGAAACUGUCCAAGAUCGCCACGCUGCUGCUGGCUAAGAACUACAUCCUCAUGCAGGCGCAAGCGCUGGAGGAGAUGCGCCGGCUGGUUGCUUACCUCAACCAGGGCCAGGCCAUCUCCGCCGCGGCCAUCCCGGGCACCACCGCCCUGGCCGCGCCGCCGCCCGGCCUGGGCGCUUACGAACCGCCGCCACCCCCGCCGCCCGGCUACCCGGCCUUUCCCUCCAGCGCCGCCGGGGUGGCCGCCGCGUCCUCCUGCCCGGACAAGUGCGCCUUGUUCAACACGGCCGCAUCCAGCUUGUGCAAACAGUGCACUGACAAGCCUUAACCCGGCCCCCGCCUGAGGUUAGAGACUCCAUACCGACACUUUUCUAACAUUUACACUCAAUACUUGAUCGUGUACAUAAAAAUCGUCCUCGAAGUGCUGGUGUGAAUGACUACAUUGGACUUCUCUACGUGGAGAUUUUUUUUUUAUGGAGGCGGGGGGGAUUUUUGGAGAGGUCGUGACAACUUUUUACCCCACUUUUGAGGGGGAUCGAACCUGCCACCCACCGGCCCCAUUUUUUUUUUGUUUUUUUCGAUGCGGAAUGUCACAACAAUUGAGUCAUAUUUAUUAUUAUGUUGCAGGGACACUGUGAAACAAUUCCACGUGUCUUUUUUUUGUGGUCAUGUAUUCUAUUGUCCAUUGCACUCUUUUUUUCCAUUUGAUGUUAAUAGACGGGAUGGUUGUCAGGUCGAGCUGUGUCGAUAGACUCGAGUUAUUCUUUGAGCAGAAGGCCCGUUUGUUUGUAUUUGAGUGUUGGGGGGAGGGGGGGGGGGGGGUCGGGGGGAAAAAAGCUUUAUUAAAAUAUUUUGAACAACAGAAACGACCGAAAUGCUCAUUCCUUGCCUUUGAAAUUCAGAGAGGGUAAAUUUCUAAACAGUUUAAAAUGUAGAAAUAGAUUUUUUUGGUAUUAAGAAUGCUUUUCAUUUAUUUGGCUUUUGUGCGGACAUUUUUUUAGAUUAUUCAAUCCUAUUUCAUCGUUAAAUAAUUUUUUUAAAUGGGAGAAGAGAAUGUGCUAUUUACGAUGAAAUUAAAAAAAAAAGCUUUUCAGCCGCGUGUCAUAAAAACGAUUUCAGCACCGCGGACAGCGUCGCCGUCUAAUUUUUCGGAUUUGUGAAAGACAAAAGUGGGAAUUUGUAGAUUUAAAAAUCUGAUUCGAGUGAAUAUGGCAUGGCCGUGUUAACAAUGAGAGGCUCUGAGUUUGUGAUAAGCAAUUUGGACAACAGGGCCCGCCGAUGCGUCCCACUUAAUCCCGUCACGCUCCCUUUUCUUUCUUAACACUUUGAGAAACGCCAUUUUUUCUCCAAAGUACACGCGCACACACACAAGCACACACACGCACAAAAUCAUUUUUAUUUAAGCGUUUUAAAAAAUUAAAACGACAGGAGCAUUUUACCCAUGCUAAUAUUUACAUUAUAGCCCGGAAGAGAUGAUUCCCUGGAGGGAGAAAUGGAGCCAAGUGUGUGUGUGUGUGUGUGUUGCUUGAUUGACAUAACUGUACGUAUGUGUGCUCUGAUGUGUUUCGAAUUGGCCCUUACUAAGAAGAAAGUCUUGGGCCCAAGUGUUCAUUUAAAAACAAGUUAGAGGUUUUAUUCCUAAAAAAAAAGCAUAUGGUGUAAGAAAAAAAAAUACAUUUGACUUCAAAACAGGAAAAUAAAAUGAAAAUCGAUUGCAGAAAAGUCUUUGAAAAUGGCUCAUAAGCAAACAUUUCCAGAUGAUCCGCCAAAGUUGCGUAAAUAAAGUGUUUUUUUCCAAAUACCGACCCUUAUAAAGUCACAAUAUUAUGAAGACAAACAGCAUAUUUUCAAGGAUGAAGUCAUAAAA